UACGAAUUGUACUGCUUUCAUUUAGUACGCGUUUUGUCAUUAAUUCCUAUGACCGCCAGAUUUUUUAAUCGUUUAUUAAUUCCUUUCGUCUCGAAUGAAAAGAAGCUUGUGUAUGCUGAUACCGAAAUUGACAGGCGUGGUGGCAGCACAGUCGUCUUGCUGCCCUUUCUGAACGUGGUUAUUGUGAAUUUUGAUAAGGUGCAGUUCAGAUUGCUUUUGUGACAGUUGAAGAAGUGUAGGCCAUAUUAAUCAAAUACCUGAUUUGUGGAAGAUUGACGAUAAACGGACAAAAUGGAAGAAGGGUUGGCAGACCCGCUCAGUUUAGCAAAAGAUGCUACUUUGAUUAAAGAUGCUCAAUCAGAAUAUGGAAAGCUAGAUGUUCUUAUAUGUGGCACAUGUCACACAGUUUUUCAUUUCAUUGAGGAAUAUAAUACCCAUAAGAGUAACAAAUGCCAAGGGUCUACAGUUUCUAUACAAUGUGAGAAUGAUGAUAAAGCCCUAACUUGGGCGUUUUGCUUAUGGAAAAGUAGCGAGAAAGAUAAAAGUAUAGGAAUGUGGCAAAUGUAUCAGAAAUGGUGUAAAUUACCUCAAGAUGAAAAAGAUAUGUGGAUUGCCGGAGGUCAAACUAUACUCAGUUUGAACAAGAUACGUGUAGCUAAAAUGCAAGAAGUAAAAUUCAAAGUGAAAAGAGAAGAAGAGAAGGAUCCGUUAGAUUUAACAGAAAAUGAACUGAAUCAUCAUGAAAAAGAAACAAAAAACUCUACGCACAAACAAGCACCAACUAAAUCGCCAAAGUUGAGCGAUCCACCAGGUGUUGAGAAUGACGUACCGAAGGAAGAACUCAAUGAAUAUGUUGUUGAAUCCAUAGUAGGAAAGAGGUUUAAUGCGAAGAAGAAAACCUGGGAAUACAAAGUUAAAUGGGAAAAUUGGGAUGAGUCACAAUGUUCUUGGGAACCGAUGGAGCAUUUGUCGGGAUGUAAGGCACUCAUAAAUGUUUUCGAGGAAAAAUUGAAGAUGGAGAAAGAAAGGAAGAAACUGGCCGAAGAAGCAGUCAAGCUGUCAAAGGUAAAGACUGAAGUCAAAACCGAUGACGAAUCUGUAGAUUACGGAAUGGGAAGGCGUCCUCAGAGAAGUAGCAAGAAGAAAGCGUUGCAUCAAGUCAAAAGAUGGUUGGGCGAAGGCGGUUCAGACAACGAGGACUCGAAAGAGAGCAGGAAGAGAAUACAUUUAGACGAAGACAGCGACGACAUGUCAUUCGAAAAAAGGAUGAAACUGGAGGAAGAUUCAGACGAUAGUAUAGACGACGACGACGAGGAAAGGCCGAAAAAGACGUCACUAAUAAAACACAACAGUUCCAACGGUUUAGCCGGGAAGAAACUACCCAACAACGUUCUGAUACCGGACGCUCAAGGUGUCGUUCGGAUCAACCAGAAGCAACUGCCUUCCCUGAGUUCCGGUGUAUAUAUCAUGUCGAAAACGGCAGGAAUAAUCAAGCUCGAUUCCAAGACUUCCAAAAUAGCGGCAAGCGGCGGACAGGCGGUGGUCAAGGUCGCGCCCAGGAUCGGACAGACCCACAUAAGGAUAGUCAAGAAGGACGGCGCAACCGCCAACAGGGUUAUCCAUAUGACUCAGAAAUCCAAGCCUGGCGCCGCCGCGGCCGCCUCCCAGAGGUCGUUGGUAUCGCACAAGGUGACUAAGCUGGUGCGGAAUCCGACGGCGAAGGUGAAAUUGGAACCGAAACUGGACGAGAGGAAGAAAUCCAACUCGAUGUCCGAGAUGGACGAGGUGAAAGAGUCCGCGCCCGACGACGACUCGGACUGCGGACUACCGGAGUUGGAAUUCCCCGCCGAGAUCAUACCGCCGGAACCGGAAGAGCCGCCGGGAGAGUUCACCCUCGAUCCGACGACCGGGAAGAUAGCCGGCGUCGAAUAUCCCGAGAACGAGCCCGAACCCGAAAUAGCGACCACGGAAGAUAACAAGGAGAAUUCGGAAAACACCCUGGAUAACAUCGUUAAAUUGGCUGCCGCCGAUAUUACCGAGGCCGAUCUGAAACCCGAUUUGAGCGAGGGAAUGCCGGGCGACGCCACCUCCGACGUACUCGGUACACAGCCGACUUUGAUCGGUAUCGAGGAGAAAAAACCCGAAACGCACAGAAUGGAACAACAGAUGAAGGUGAGGAGAGAACCGAAUCCGAUGGCUAAGAUACAACAGAAAUUCGUCAUUUCCCCCAACAUCAGGAGCUCGACAAUCUUGGAGAGGAGCUUACAAUCACCCAGAUCCAUCGUCAAAUCCCCGCAAGGCUACACGAGACAGGUUUACACGAAAUCCCCCCAGAGGAUCAUACAUUCGGCGAUGACGCCGAAACUGACGUCGCCUUUGGUCAGAUCCUCGUCCGCCAUGAGGAACUCUUACAGCACCAAACCGAAAUCCGUGUACCCCAAACAACAGCGGGUGUACAUGUCGUCCCCCGGCGCCAAAAUGAACGAAGGUCUGAUCAAACAGACUUACCACCACCAGAAGACCAACGUGAACAAGAGGGUCGGUAACAUCGGCGGUACGACGAUCUACAAGAGACCCGUGCCGCAGAACAAGAUGGCCUCGUCGUCGCCGAAAGUCUAUCAGAGGACGAGCGUGGUCAGGAAGCCGGCGCCGAUGGUCAGGACGGUGGUGCAGAAGACGCCCAAACCUGUUAUAAAUAUGCCGUCCUUGAUGGACGACGACCUGCCGGUGCAACCCGUCGCCGAGAACUUGCAGAUGAUGCAGAAAGUCGAGAUGCCGCAACAAGAGACCCAAGAGGCGACGAUGGCCGUCGCUUCCGCCGCCGCCGCCAACCCGGAGGCGGACAUCUCGUCUUUCGCCGCCUUGGGCGACGGCGAAGCGCCCAUAUUCAUCACCGGUGACGACGGCACAGUGUACCAGGUGGCGGGUCAGAACGAACAGGGCCAAACCAUCUUGAUCACUCAGGGUCCGGACGGGCAGCAGCAAUGCCUGUUGGUCACCAGCGAAAGUACGGGCCAGGAGGAGAAUCAGGAGGCUCAAGAAGAGGGCGCCGCCGCGCAGGUGGCCACGAUGAUGGAGGGCGCCGAGAUGCCGAUGCAGCAGACUGAAGGUCUGGAGGGUAACCUAGGAGAGGCUCAGACGAAUACUCAGGAACCGCUCACGAUCAAGACCGAACCAGACACGCAACCGGAGGUUGUAGCACAAUUCGUUAAGGCUGUACCACCUAGUCCAGGCGGCACUCCGAAAGUUAUGGUGAUGUUACCCGACGGAAAUCUUGUAGUAACGCCGGUUACCGCUGAAGAAUAUGCGAGUUGGCAGGAAUUGGAGAAGUAACGGCCAUCAUCUUUUUUAUGUACUGUUAUUAUGAUGUAAGAUAUUAAGAAUUCGUGAGUGAUGCCAGGAGCAACCUAUUAAUGGAUUGAAUAGUUUAUUUAUUACGAAAAUCUGUUUCCCAACUUUGGUUAUAUCUUUGGAGCAGUAUAUAAGCGUGCAUUUAUAUGAGACAUAGAAAUGCAAUAUUUUUCAAAAAAAAAGUGUAUAUAUUAUAUGUAAGAGAUCAUGUUAUAAGUUCUUCUUGAUUCAAUCAUCUACUUUAUUUAUAAUAUGUAAAUUAUUUAGCUCAUUUCAGUUAUUGAGGUAAGCUGAAUAUUGUAUGAAAAUGAAUAAAUAAAGUAAGUUGAAUUUUUA